CUUGCUAACUAUUCCGAAGCGUCUAUUUUAAACCACACAUAGCUCUGAUCCUUUGUUCAAAAGAUGGAAUAUCAUUCGGUGCCUCCUGAGGAACGCGCAAGAGGACCGAAAGGAAAUCUCCUGCCUUUUGGCUAUGUAUAUAAAGACGAGUCCCGAAACCCGAGGAGACCCCCCGAGGAGACUGGAUCGUUUGGAAAGAGGCGGAAUGCCCGAUACAGCUCUACCCGUUCCGGCACUCGGACUGGUACUCCGGCCAAGCGUGAAAACCAGAAUGUUGCAGAAUUCGGCAGGUUGUUCGCUCUCCAGCAAGAAGAAGAACAAGCCCAGAGAAAGAUGUUACCCUCCACUGCCUCCUCAACCACAAUCGAUCCCUCUCGCAAAACCGCCGCUCCUGUUGCCACUGAAUGUAUCCUCUAUGGAUACAAGGAUAGGACAUGGGAGUGGAAGGUUAUUGAUCGGUUUGAGCGCAUCUCACAAGGGUUUAUCUGCGAAGAUUAUCCCCGUACCGAUCCGGAUAUCGCUCCAAAAUACCCGCAGUUACUGAGUGCUGGAGACGUAAUACAUAGGAACCUCUCUGCGGAGGCCAAUAAAAAGGCAAAGAGAUAUGCUGGGGGUGAACACUGGAUCAAAGUCACUUUCGACUCUUUCACCUCCGCUGACCGGGCUUGCUUCUUUUCACCUCAAGAAAUUGAUGGAUAUACCGUCCAUUGCGAGCUUUAUCAUGGCCACGGACCCAAUGAUGAUGUUGCUCUUGCAAAAGGAGAUCUUGAACCAAGGCAAGAAAGUUUACCAAAGCCAUAUACCUUACCGCCUUCGGCAACAAAUAAUUUGCUCCAAGGGGGAGAUAUCGAUAGUACCGUUUUCCCUCGUUCCUUCGAAUCUGUUUCUUUCCGACGUGAUAGCCAGCCUUUUGGCGACACGACCUCUCAACUGUCCACAACUACUGCUAGCUCGGCAACUGCCACCGCCAUAGCAUCUGAGAAUGACGCCGUCCGUCAGCGAGCCCCGCAGAAGUCUCAAUCUGAAUUUAUGACCCACAUCCCAACUGUUCGUCGGGCGGUGCUUCGACCGGUAUCUGAAGCGCUACCUCCACAGCCUUCUGUGGGUGAGCGCAUCAUUCGGUCCAUCCCUAUCCUUAGUUGGUUCAGUGGCGACAUUGUUGGGGAUGGACCCGUUUUGAAAGAAGAUGGUAGUUUCGAUCAUGAGAAGUCGAAUUUAUACUGGCGAUUUUGGUACAUGGUUGAUGUGGUGCUUGGAACAGACCUAUGUGGAUUAAAAGAGGACUCUUAGCCCUACUGAAUCACCGAUAUUUACCUCCGCAAGCUACAAAUACGGCCCGAUCAAUACACACUUCGUCCCGUGCGUUCGGUUCCCCGUUCCCCACUCAACGUACAGUACCGUUAGAACGAUGUUGUGUUCGCCAUGGAUAUUAAAUUCGGCUAUAUACUGUUUCGUUGCUCUGCGAAGAUUCUGAGCGGUUAUUGAAUAACCUAUGAAUCAGUAUAUAUGACACCUCGAAUGGUUAAGUCACGCGGGAGCGUAUUUCAGCCCAAUGGGACAGCAGUGACUCUUAUCGCCUGUUGUGCCUUUGUCCACUGUUUUACGGGCGGCUGGACUUGUGGUCCGCGACCUUCUAUCCGGGCUGUUCAGCUAUGAGGAUGGGCAAAUUUCCUUGACAGUCCUAACCCUGUGUAGCCUUGCGGCUCGGGAGAACGGACUUGGAGAAAACCUUUUCUUUUUUUGUUUUUUCUCGGGUGAAGAUAGAGUUUUGAGUGACGCUGGGACUCGAUGCCUCACAGGAAGAGAAUUGGUUUGAUACUGGUUUUAUUUCAUGUACUUUUAUGGCUUCUGGAUAUAUUCAGCGGCGGCGUUUUUAUGUAGUGGCAUGGCAUCGCUGUAACUGGGGGAACCUACGAUUUCAUAGAUAUGUGAGCAAUGGGAUCUAUCAGCCAGCAA